AUGUUCUAUAAUACUCAAUUGGCGCUUUUCGCUGUCGCGGUUGCCCUCCUGGCACCAUCUAUCCAGGCAAUGCCCACCCCAUCGCAAAACGAGGCACCUACGAAAGUCGCUCUCGAACGCCGAGAUCCCAUCGCCUCAAUCUGUACCCAGAAUGACAUUAUCAAUGCGGCCGAUUUCAUUCUAUACAACAAUCUCUGGGGUGAAGACGAUGCCACCUCCGGAUCUCAAUGCACAUAUCUCGACUAUGACAACGCCAAUUCGAUCUCUUGGCAGACAUCUUGGACUUGGGAAGGUCCCAGUGACGUGAAGAGCUACGCCAAUGCAGUGCUUAACAUUCCUGCUACCCAAUUGAGCUCGAUUACUAGUCUUGCGUCGACCUGGACCUGGAGUUAUACCGGAGACUCUCUCCUAGCAGAUGUGUCCUACGAUGCCUUCUUGUCCUCUGAAGCUUCCACGACUGCCACGCACGACUACGAGAUCAUGAUCUGGCUUAGUGCUCUUGGUGGCGCCGAGCCUAUUGGAUAUGGCAAUCCGGUUGUCUCGGUGCCUAUUGGUGAUUACACCUGGGAUCUGUACCAAGGGACCAAUACCUGGACUGUCUUCAGCUUUGUGGCACAGAGCGAGAUCACAGAUUUCUCAGGGGAUAUCAAUGACUUUUUCACCUAUCUCAUUGACAACCAUGGCGUGCCGUCGAGUUACUAUCUUCAGACUAUUGGGGCGGGCACGGAGGCUUUCACUGGUUCUGAUGCGUGGUUUACUGUUGCCCCUUAUACUAUCAGUCUUAACUAA